UACAGACAACCGCAUUGAGCAUGGCUCGCCAUCAUCCAGGAAUCAUAAUCGCCAUCGUAUUGUUAUCCUGCUGUUUGAUCAGAAGCAACGCUACCAUUUCACCGCAAGUGAUCGCCACGCAGCAGGCCCUGUACGGUGAGCUGCAGCUACUGGAACAGAGUCCACUGCAUUCCGAGCUUUCGUUACCAUCCGAUGAAAAACCACGGCAGCGAACCAGCGAAGAGCUACGGUUUGUCUUUCGAGAGUUUGAGCGACAGAACCAGGAAAGUCUCACGAUCAUCCUGCAAGUGCUGGCCCUAGUGGAUCAAACGCUCGAGAACACGAUCCUCGCGGAUUGUGCGAAAAUCUUCGAACUUUCGUCGCUGGAGCGGAACAACGUUAUCUUCCGACAGGUUACGCGGCCGCUGCUGGUGCAGGUAGAGCGGCUCUGUCAGCUGUUGGCUACCGAGCGGCUCGACCAGCUCGAAUCAACCAUGGAGCGAGUCGAACAGGAAGCGAGCAUCUAUAGGAAACGAUAUGAUCAGACACAACAGUACAUGCGGUACAUUAGGAACUGGCUAGACGAUCGGGAACCGGCCGGAACGCGUCGGUUUGAGCAGCGUGUCGAUGAGUUGUACUCCCGGUGGUUGCAAGCGAACGUUACCGUACAGCGUGAGGUUCGGAUCGCAAUCGAUCUCGCCAUCGGAAGCCUAAGCCACGCAAUCGAAGAGUCACACGGUGUCAACCGUUCUAACCGGGAGGAGGAUCCCACCUUCCGCUCCAUUAUCGAUCACUUUGCAUUACACUUCGAGAAUGAAACCAGCGAGCUAGCAGCCGGUCUGCUAGAGCUGCUCGAUGAGUGGUUAGACCAAACGGAAGAGCUGAUUGGUGCUGUGUCGGAGGAGCUGACGGGUAUACUUGAUGGGAUAGUUGAGAUUCCAGUGGCGGCCUUUCUGCGAGGGGAAACGACGUUCGGCUGUCUGGCCGAGUACGCUGGCUAUGGUAGUGUGAACAGUGUCGUGGUGGAGGUGGAGAACAUAUACGAUUGCUUCAGCGGUGAAGGGGAUGUGCUGAGUUCUCUUGCAACAGCGAAGAGCUUGCUGGAGCUUACCGAACGCGAAGUGCGGGUCUUGUUGCAGGGCCUAGCGCACUGCACCGCGAGACGAUCACCUUCGGAAAUGGAUGCGUUCGUUGCAAGCGUUCUCACCAAUUGUUCCGAUGCGGCGAGUACAAUUCUGGAAGGAGCCGGGGAAUUUGUUGCCUCCAAAAUGGACGAAAUCUAUUACCACUUCGAGGACAUCAUGAAUUUGAGUGAACUGAAAAUGGAAGCGUGUCUCUAUGGGAAAGCAAGGGUGCUGAUUUUGGAUGUAUUUUCUGUCAAUCAGCAGUAUCAGCAAUGCAAUAUGAAGAAUGUUUUACAGUCACCGCAAUCAGUUCCCGGUGGACCGGACAGCGUGCCUGAAUUCAAAGAGGUUUAGUCAUAAUAAUGA